CCAAUUUUAAUAUCACACCGAGACGAGCGAGGAAAUACAAAAUAGAGCUCAAGUCUGGCCAAAGAGUGAAAGCCUUCCAUUGGCGCCUUAAAAAUCUUUGUUUUCAAAAUGACUCUUCCCAACUCAAGUUUCCACCCAGGUGAUCCGAGCGCCUCCUCCCCCAGGGGUAGCAAGCACCAGUCCGGCUCCAUGGUGAUGUGUUAGUCACGCCUCCCUCCCCCUCCCUCUUUGGUUCUGUACGACUUACAAAUCAACUGGCUGCUUGAAAAUAGCGGGUGAAAAGCAACAAAAGCUCUUACCGAUGUAACAGAGCCACAGGUGGCAAAUUGGAAGGGUUUUUUUUUUUUUGUUGAAUUUGUUGUUCGUUUGUCUUUUUAAGAGCAUUUAGCUUCACUGUCUUCUCCCAAGCUAUUCCAUCACUGGAGUCAAGGAAGAAGAUUGCCUGUAGGUGACCCAAGCUCAGAGUUUUUUUUUCUCUCAGAGGUUGAACACAACGGCCGCCAACCAAAAUGGGAUGCUUUGGAUUCCUCAAGUUUAUGAUGUUUGUUUUCAAUGGUAUUAUCUUUUUGGCGGGUGCAGUCAUCCUGGGUGUUGGCAUCUGGGUGAAGGUGGACAGCGGCUCCAUCCUGGGCUUCCUGGGCAUGAUUGAAAACGCCCCCGCGGAGCUCGGCCAGGUGCUCAACGUGGGCUACCUGCUGAUCGCUGUCGGAGUGCUUCUCGUCAUCAUUGGUUUUCUGGGAUGCUGCGGGGCCAUCCGAGAGAGCAAGUGCAUGCUGCUGCUGGUAGGCGGUCGCAUCCAUGUUGCCAACUCACUUUCAGGGAAUGUUGCUGAAUUUGUGUUCAUAGCCAGUCAUGCUUUGACCUCUACCCUGUACUCUUCGCAGGCAAUCCCGGGUUGCUUUGAAAAAUUCACGCAACUGAUUAAUGACAACACGGUGGCAAUUGUAGCUGUGGCACUGGGAAUUGCAGCCCUUGAGUUAUGUGCCAUGACUGUUUCCAUGAUCCUUUACUGCAAGAUAGAUUCAAGGUCAGCCUGACAGCAACUCCGAAAGGAUCAUCUUAAUCCCCGGACAAAUUCUACGGUACUUUACCAUAUUGCCUGUUUAAAAAAA